AACAUUCAAUUUGACAAGACAAAGACUUGAGAAAAAUUAUAAGUUAGACUUUUCAACAGUUUAAUCUUGCCAUCUUAUUGGUUGUUUAUGUUGAAGUAGGAGAUGAAGAUGGCGAUUGGGCUCCUGAAUGUCUGUCUGUAUAAUCCAUCCAUCCACCAAUCAAAUAACCAAUAGUUGUACGCGUAACAUUUUUAAGGAGCUACAGUCUACGGUUAUAAACGUUAUGGCAGUUAUAUGAUCCUCUCUCUCUCUCUCUCUGAGACUCCGAUGCUGCAGAACUUGCACACCACCGCGAGCAGCAACCAGCAAUGACCAUUGUCACUAACCAUGCCCUAUCUCAGCCCCAACGCACUAGCGUCGCUGGUGGAAUCAGCCGUGGCAGCUCAGUCCACUCUCUUCGGCCGUGCUGCACAUGCUCAGAUAAUCAAGACGUUAGGCAGCCUUCUCCCUUCUUUCCUCUCCAUCCACCUUAUCAACAUGUACUCCAAGCUCGACCUCCUCAGCUCAGCCCACCUCGUCCUCUCACUCAACCCAGAACGAUCCGUCGUCACUUGGACCGCUCUCAUCUCUGGUUCCGUACAAAACGGUCAUUUCGCCUCGGCUCUUCUUCAGUUCUCUGCUAUGCGCCGUGAAUCUAUCCAACCCAACGACUUCACAUUUCCUUGCGCCUUCAAGGCCACGGGCUCUCUUUUCUCUCCGCUCACUGGAAAACAGAUCCAUGCACUCGCACUCAAGGCUGGUCAGAUGGGAGAUGUCUUUGUUGGCUGUAGUGCGUUCGACAUGUACUGUAAGACGGGCCUCAGGGAAGAUGCGCGCAAAUUAUUCAAUGAAAUGCCCGAACCGAAUGUUGCUACUUGGAAUGCUUACAUUUCAAAUUCAGUACUCUAUGGCCGGCCAUAUGACGCUAUUGGUGCAUAUAUCAGGUUUCGACACGCAGGCUUAGAACCAAAUUCGAUAACUUUCUGUGCAUUUCUCAAUGCGUGUUCUGAUGCUUCAGAUCUCCGGCUUGGGCGUCAGUUACAUGGGUUUGUGAUUCGAAAUGGUUCUGAUGCAGACGUUUCAGUUGCAAAUGGGCUUAUUGAUUUUUAUGGGAAAUGCAAGGAAUUUAAAUCUGCCGAGUUGGUUUUUUAUAGAAUUGUUCAACCCAAUGAUGUCUCUUGGGGUUCAAUGAUCACAGCAUAUGAGCAGAAUGAUGUGGAAGAGAAGGCUUGUAUCACAUUUUUGCAUGCCCUGAGGGAGGGUGUUAGGCCGACAGAUUUCAUGGUUUCAAGUGUUCUUAGUGCUUGUGCUGGACUGGCUGGACUCGAGUUGGGAAGGUCUGUGCAUGCCAUUGCUGUAAAGGCUUGUGUCGAAGGGAAUGUGUAUGUUGGGAGUGCACUUGUAGACAUGUAUGGCAAAUGUGGAAGUAUAGAAGAUUCUGAGCUUGCCUUUGAUGAGAUGCCUAGGAGGAAUUUAAUUUCUUGGAAUGCAAUGGUUGGUGGGUAUGCCCAUCAAGGGCACGCUGACAUGGCUCUAUCAUUGCUUGAGGAGAUGACACAAGGUGCCAAUGGGAUUGUACCUAAUUAUGUCACACUAGUCUGUGUACUAUCAGCCUGUAGUCGGGCUGGGGCUGUGGAGGAGGGGAUGCAGACCUUUGAAUCAAUGAAAGGGAGAUAUGGGAUUGAGCCAGGUGCUGAGCAUUAUGCAUGCAUAGUGGACUUACUAGGGCGAGCUGGGAUGGUCGAUCGUGCUUAUGAAUUUAUUAGGAAAAUGCCUAUCCCUCCGACAGUAUCUGUUUGGGGAGCUCUGCUAGGGGCUUGUAGAGUGUAUGGAAAGCCAGAACUGGGAAAGAUAGCAGCUGAGAAGUUAUUUCAACUUGAUCCACAAGAUUCUGGCAACCAUGUCCUGCUUUCAAAUAUGUUCGCAGCCUCUGGCAGGUGGGAAGAAGCCACAAUUGUCAGGAAGGAGAUGAAAGAGGUGGGAAUCAAGAAAGGCCCAGGAUGCAGUUGGAUCGCAGUAAAGAAUGUGGUCCAUGUUUUCCAAGCAAAAGAAACCUCCCAUGAGAGAAACCUUGAAAUCCAGGCAAUGCUAUUGAAAUUGAAGAGAGAAAUGAAGGCAGCUGGAUACAUUCCAGACACCAAUUUUGCUUUGUAUGAUUUGGAGGAGGAAGAGAAAGAGACUGAGGUGUGGUACCAUAGUGAAAAACUUGCACUUGCAUUUGGGCUGAUCUCUAUUCCUCCUGGUGUCCCUAUAAGGAUAACCAAGAACCUCAGGGUCUGUGGAGAUUGUCACAGUGCAAUCAAAUUCAUUUCAGGCAUAGUUGGGAGAGAAAUUAUUGUUAGAGACAACAACCGGUUUCAUCGGUUUAGGGACAACCAAUGUUCUUGUAGAGAUUAUUGGUAAUGAGGUAAUUUCUAAUUUUUAAUGGAUGAUUUGGAGUUUUGACAGUUUUCUGCCAAAAUUGUAUACUGGAAUUUCUAAACAUGUUUUCACGACAUGAUGAUUUACUAGUCCAGAAAGAAUACUACUCUAACGUUAUCCA